CUCUCUCUCUCUCUCUCUUUCUCAUCUCAUUCCUCCCUCCUUCUCCUCCAUUUCCUCAGCUUUCAGGUCAAAAACACCCAAAAUUCUUCUCCCCAUCUAGAGAGAGAGAGAGAGAGAGAGAGAAAGAAAAAAUGGGGAAACCCAAACAGUUCAUCAUUCCAAAUUCCACAACAUGACCCGAUCCUCCACCUAGCUUGCUUGCCUAUAGCUACCCUUCUCCUCUUUUUUUUCCUGACCUCCAUCCUCCUUCGCCAUGGGAAGUGAUCAUCUCUAUCACCAUCACAACCGCCAUGAGCAAGAAGUGGCGGUGGAGGAAGAAGGUGAUUCUUCAAAGUCAAGCUACUACUCCAACAAGAUCUUCCUCAGCGAUGAUGAAGAAGAAGAGGAGGAAGAAGAAGGUGAAGGAGAUGAUGAUAUUGGUGGUGGUGACGUGGCCAGCAACAGUACUAGCAGCUCCGUUGAAGAGAUUGGCGGCGGCGGAGGCGACAACAAGGGUGGUGGUGGUGGCGGUGGUGGAUCUGUGAGGAAGUAUAACCGGUCGAAGAUGCCACGGCUCCGGUGGACGCCCGAUCUUCAUCUCUGCUUCCUGAAUGCUGUGGAAAGGCUUGGUGGCCAAGACAGAGCAACACCGAAAUUGGUCCUUCAAUUCAUGAACAUCAAAGGACUCAGUAUAGCUCAUGUCAAAAGCCAUCUUCAGAUGUUCAGAAGCAAGAAGCUUGACGAUCCAAAUCAAGGGCACCACCAAGGCCUUUUAUUCCAAGGAAGGGAUCAUCAUCAACACCAUGUCUACAACCUAAGCCAGCUUCCUAUGAUUCAAAGCUUCAACCAAAGGCCUCCCUCAACUGGUUUCAGACAUGGAGAUGGCGGUUCUUGGAGAGGGAACCAAAUGUACGGCACAAGCUACAACUCCUCCUCCUCAUUCCUCAACAGAGCCAAACAUGGUGGCGGCGGCCUUUAUGGAAACUACAGCAACAACCACCACCCUUUUCGAAACAACAAUUUCCCUUAUGGCUCUUCUCUCAAAGAGAUACUAAUACCUUCCCAAAUGGCUACUGAUGAUCCCAUCAAAGCUCAAACCAACCACCAAGCUCUCGAGGCAGCCGCCAGCAAGCUCUUGUUCAAUAGAUCCAGCACCACCACGUGGCCGGCACAGAUCACCAAACCGAUAACCAACACCAUCGACUCCACCAAAACCUUCCAUGAAACUAGAACUAGCAACAACAACAACGUCUAUGGCGGUCUCAAAAGGAAGCCCACGUGGGAUCCAUCUCGUGAUCAUGGUUCCAACAAGAAGAAAUCGCUGGACUUGGAUCUGUCCCUCAAAGUGAAGAAUAUGGUUGAGGAACAUGAUGACGAGGUUGUUGUUGUUGUUACUCCAAGAAGCUGCGACGUGGUUAAGGAAGGUAAGAACGGCUGUUAUGGUGAUACUACUACUAAUGAUGUUGUGGAUGAGAGUAGCUUGUCCCUUUCUCUAUCUUCAUCCUCGUCCUCGAAGCCAGCCAUCGGGUCGAAGGAAAGGGAUAUGUUAUUGGGUUACAUGAACAACUUUCGCGGUGGAGGUUUUAUUAGGAGUCGUGAGGAUUGCAAUACGAGUAGUUACGAUGGUUGUGUUAAUAAGCGUGCCCGGGUGAUGGCAAGUACUCUUGAUCUGACUUUGUGAAUGAGGUUAGACUAUUCUGAGUGAGAUCUUGAGGUACUUGCUUUUCUUCCCCGGGAGCUAGCAUUGCGUUUGUUAUUGUUUUUUUUUUUUUUUUGUGUCAUCUUGUACCAAGACUACCCAAAAGGAAAGAAAUGAAGUUAAGAAGGUAUUUACAUAAGUUAUAUACAUCUCCC